GAAAGUUGGAAGCUUCUGGCUUUGGCAAAGAGAUCAGCCAAGAAGAACGUAAAAAGGGCAUAAAAAAUAUUGUUGACAAACUCAAUCAUAUGUGCCCCUACUUCUAUGAGAUGGAUUCGAUCUUUGGUCAAAGGGAGAAUAUCAACCUAAGCACGGUUCUGCAUGCUGGCCUUCCGCCAUCGAUCUCUGCGCAUGCAGCCACUCUUGUGCCAGCUACUGAGUUACCUGCAGUAGAAACUGCAGUAGCAGCAACACCAGUACCAACAACAGCGACUGAAGAAUUGCCGACGAAUCCUGUUGUCAACGAAAAUAUGCCUUACUCCUCGUUCUUCAAACAAACACAAGAAAUCACUGUCGACAAUUUCGAAGAGUCUAUAGAACGAUUCUUGGAGCAGGCUCCACCCAGUCCAGAGCCACAGAAUGAGGAGGUGAACAGCAUUGCUUCCAGCAGGGUAGAAAGCGGCUCUGACAAUGACAAUGACGACGACGAUAAUGUGCUACACGGCAGAAACUUUACUGCCGUUUACUCGGUCAAUGAAGCCAAAGAAUGCAAGUUAGAGUCGAAAAAGCUCAAGCUCGAGCAUGAGAGACUGCAAUUGGAGAAGGCGCGAUUAGCAGAACAGAAACAUGCGUCCCAGACACAACUAGCAGAGCAGAAACUUGCGUCCCAGGCACAAGUAGCAGAGCAGAAACGUGCAUCCCAAGCACAAGAACAGCAGACUUACGCUAGUGACAGAACCAAGUUUUUCAUUGAGCUGUUGAAACUUGGAAAGACUACUGACGAAGCCAAACAGAUUAUUGAAAAUGUAUACGAGUAGUCACUGGCAUUUUAUGUAUAAACAAAAGUUUAUUGUCUAGAUGUAAAAUCGACUACAAUGUUUUUCAGGAGGUCUCUUUUCCCUUCUGCGUCUGAAAGCUGUGAUGAUGUGCUAUGCUCAUUGCUUCCAUUAUCGUUUUCAGUGUCCAGAUCCCAUUUAUCAUUGCGUCAGAAGAGAUAGUUAUAGAGAAGACAUGUCGCAACGAUUAUAUUGUUUAGCUUUUCGAAUUCGUUCUUGGAUCUCAGUUGCAAUGGGACAUUCUUCAAAAAGCGCCACCUUCCUUUCAAAAUACCAAUCAUAUUUUCAUUAGCCACCCUACCUGAUGCAUGCUGGAAGUAGAACGUUUCGUAAUCCUUGUGCAGUCGGGC